ACACGUUGACAUUUGUAUAAUGUAUUCGUUGAAAUGAUUUCAAUAUCACAGACAUGUCAAAACUUUCAUGUAUAGGAUACAAGCAAAAUCAACUAUCACAUAUAGAUAUGUUUUCAUUCUAGCUGAUCUAUUUUACUCCAAAAAAUAUUCCACCUACGUGGCUUGUACAAUUAUAACCAAAAAUAUAAACAGUUAUAUUAAUGCGUUUAAUGAAUAGAAAUAACAUCCUUUUACAUGAAGCUAAAACGCAUGGAUUAUGUUUAUAGCUACUUUUCAUUAGCUAGGAAAAGUUAUCAAUAUCUAAUAACUCAAUAACUUAUAAAAUAAUGUCAAUAAAAGAAUUUUAUAAGUCAGUACUAUUUGAUAAGAUAAGCCAGAAAGAACCAUGUGAAUGAUAGAUCAAUUAAUUGAAAGUAAAAACUAUCUAAUUUAAUGGAACAUAAGGUUAAAGGAAAUGCCAGUGGAUCAGAGAAAUCGAGAAAUUUUUUGGGCAAUUGUGAAAGUGAACGGAGGAGUCAACGAUCGGAACAAGAUCGUUGUAGAAGUGGUGGAAUCGAGAUAAAAUAAUGAACCGUUUGAAUGUCCAGUUUUUGAACUUAGUAAGUCAGUUAGUCUUCAAGUUUCCAGCUGUCAGCUUUUCAUAAAAUAACAAGGCUGCUUUGCAUAAUUUAUCUGUUUAUCAAUUGAAGUUACAAAGUUUACAAUUUCUUGUAUUUAAUUGUACUAUUCAUCGAAAUCAAGACAAUAAUUUAAAUUUAUGAUGGAUAUCGAUGCUGUACAUCUUCAACUGGACAAGUAUGGUCAACGACAUUUGUUGAGAUUUUGGGAAGAACUGACAGAAGAUCAACGUGCUGAUUUAACUAAUGAAAUCUUGGAUAUAAAUUUGUCUGAAGUCGAUUCAUAUUUUAAACGGGCUAUAGAAUCAUCUGAAAAUAAUAAUAAAAUAUUAGAUAAUCGAAUUCAACCGAUUGAUGAUGUUAUCGUAUCGAAAAACACUUGUGAUCCUGUGCAAUUGAGUAAAUAUCAAGAAUUGGGAUUUCUUGAGAUAUCUGCUGGCCGUGUAGCUGUGCUAUUAAUGGCUGGAGGACAAGGAACUAGAUUAGGUGUAACUUAUCCAAAAGGAAUGUAUGAUGUAGGAUUACCAUCACAUAAGAGUUUAUUUCAAUUACAAGCUGAGAGAAUAAAAAGACUUGAACUUAUGGCUCAAGAAAGGCAUGGAAAAUGUCAAGGUAUUACAUGGUAUAUUUUAACAAGCGAUGCCACUCAUGAUGCAACUUUAACUUAUUUUGAAGAAAACAAUUACUUCGGUUUAAAUAAAGAUAACGUCAUAGCAUUCAAACAAGGAAUGAUACCUUGUUUUGAUUUUGACGGAAAGAUUUUACUGGAUGAAAAACAUCGCAUAUCUAAAGCCCCAGACGGAAAUGGAGGGCUUUAUCGUGCAUUGAAAGUUCAAGGAAUAUUGGACGAUAUGACAAAACGCCAUAUUCGCAGUGUGCAUGUCCAUUCUGUUGAUAAUAUUUUGAUUAAAGUGGCAGACCCUGUUUUCAUUGGUUAUUGUCUUAGUAAAAACGCCGACUGUGGCGUAAAAUGUGUGGAGAAAACAGACGCAAAUGAGAAUAUAGGCGUGCUUUGUCAGAUUGAUGGUCAUUAUCAAGUGGUCGAAUAUAGUGAAAUAUCAAAAGAAACAGCACAGUUAAGACGAUCUGAUGGUAAACUUGUUUUCAAUGGGGGCAAUAUUUGCAAUCAUUACUUUACUCUAGAUUUUCUUCACGAUGUUUGUUUUACGCAUGAAACUAAAAUGAAACUCCAUGUUGCAAAGAAAAAAAUUCCUUUUGUUGAUGAUGAAGGUGUGAGGCAUAAACCUACUAGUCCCAAUGGUAUAAAAAUUGAAAAAUUUGUGUUCGAUGUAUUUGAGUAUUCUAGAAAUUUAGUUGCAUGGCAAGAGCCACGUGAAAGUGAAUUUAGCCCUUUGAAAAAUCAUGAUUCUGCUGGUGUCGAUUGUCCUUCUACAGCACGACGUCAUGUUCUUGCACUUCAUAAGGAUUGGUUAUUGAAGGCGGGCGCGAAAUUAGUUCAAGGUGACGUAGAAAUUUCUCCACUGCUUUCAUAUGCAGGGGAAAAUUUAAACAAUAUUCCAGAAAUCAUACAGGGGCCAAAAGUAUUUGAAUAAAAGAAUGAUCAAUUUUUGUACAACAAUUGUUAAAGCAUUCCAAAUGUUGUACAAAUUAAAAUAAUGGAUCUAUAUAUUUAGUAAUAUAUUAUCAAAGUAGAUUUCAAUAAUAACAAAAUAUAAAGAUUAUUUAUGCAAAUGAAUUUUUUUAUUAAAUUUAA